CUCACUGGAACAUCUGUAGGCACACAAACACUCUACCCUUCAGCCUUCAGCUUGCCACAGGCAAACUAAACUUGACUCUUCCCCAAGUGCCGAGUUUAAUUCCUGGCUUGGCCGAAAGGAUUCAGAGAGGGAUAAGCAGCCCCUCUGGCCUUCAGUGCCAAAAUAAGAAAGAGUAUUUCACAUCCACAAGCAGGAAGUACACUUCAUACCUCUCUAAGAUAAAAGACCUAUUCACAAUCAAAAAUGUCCCUGCAAAUGGUAACAGUGGGUCAUAACAUAGCCUUAAUUCAACCAGGCUUCUCACUGAUGAAUUUUGAUGGCCAAGUUUUCUUCUUUGGCCAAAAAGGCUGGCCUAAGAGAUCCUGCCCUACUGGAGUCUUUCAUUUUGAUAUAAAACAAAAUAAUCUCAAACUGAAACCAGCAACUUUCUCUAAAGAUUCCUGCUACCUCCCACCUCUUCGUUACCCAGCUACUUGCUCAUACAAAGGCAGCAUAGAUUCUGACAAGCAACAAUAUAUCAUUCACGGAGGGAAAACACCAAACAAUGAGCUUUCCGAUAAGAUUUAUAUCAUGUCUAUCGCUUGCAAGAAUAACAAAAAAGUUACUUUCCGUUGCACUGAGAAAGACUUAGUAGGAGAUGUCCCUGAAGCCAGAUACGGCCAUUCCAUUGACGUGGUAUACAGUCGAGGAAAAAAUAUGGGUGUUCUCUUUGGAGGACGGUCAUACAUGCCUUCUGCCCAGAGAACCACAGAAAAAUGGAAUAGUGUGGCUGACUGCCUACCCCAUGUUUUCUUGAUAGAUUUUGAAUUUGGGUGUGCUACAUCAUAUAUUCUCCCAGAACUUCAGGAUGGGCUGUCUUUUCAUGUUUCUAUUGCCAGAAAUGAUACCAUUUAUAUUUUAGGAGGACACUCACUUGCCAGUAACAUACGCCCUGCCAACUUGUAUAGAAUAAGAGUAGAUCUUCCCCUGGGUACCCCAGCAGUGAAUUGCACAGUCUUGCCAGGAGGAAUCUCUGUCUCCAGUGCAAUCCUCACACAAACAAAUAAUGAUGAAUUUGUUAUUGUUGGCGGAUAUCAGCUGGAAAAUCAAAAAAGGAUGGUCUGCAGCAUUGUCUCUCUAGGGGACAACAGGAUUGAAAUUAGUGAGAUGGAGACCCCUGACUGGACCCCAGAUAUUAAACAUAGCAAAAUAUGGUUUGGAAGCAACAUGGGAAAUGGGACUGUUUUCCUUGGCAUACCAGGAGACAAUAAGCAGGCUAUGUCAGAAGCAUUCUACUUCUAUAUGUUGAGAUGCUCUGAAGAUGAUGUGAGUGAAGAGCAGAGAAUUGUCUCCAACAGUCAGACAUCAACAGAAGAUCCUGGAGACUCCACUCCCUUUGAAGACUCAGAAGAAUUUUGUUUCAGUGCUGAAGCAACCAGUUUUGAUGGUGAUGAUGAAUUCGACACCUACAAUGAAGAUGAUGAGGAUGAUGAGUCUGUAACUGGCUACUGGAUAACAUGUUGCCCUACUUGUGAUGUGGACAUCAAUACCUGGGUUCCAUUCUAUUCAACUGAGCUCAAUAAACCUGCCAUGAUCUAUUGUUCUCAUGGGGAUGGGCACUGGGUGCAUGCCCAGUGCAUGGAUCUGGAAGAAUGCACACUCAUCCACUUGUCAGAAGGAAGCAACAAGUACUAUUGCAAUGAGCAUGUACAGAUAGCAAGAGCAUUACAUACUCCUAAAAGAAGCCUCCCCUUACAAAAACCUCCAAUGAAAUCCCUCCACAAAAAAGGCUCUGGGAAAGUCUUGACUCCUGCCAAGAAAUCCUUUCUUAGAAGGUUGUUUGAUUAGUUUAGCUAGAGCCCCUCAGAUUCAGGUGCAUUGAUUUCCAAAAUCUACAGUAUUUUGAUUUUUGUUUGCUGAAAUCUCUGUUAUGUUUUAGUUGCAUGAAUUAAGUGCUAAUGUUUUGAUGUAAUGUUAAGUAUAAUUAUUCUAACAUGUGUGUGUUUUUUAACAUUUUAUUCAGGAAUUUCUUAAAUGAGAAAUGUUAUACAGUUUUUCAUUAAGGAUAGCAGUGAUAAAGUAUAGAAUUCUUGCAUUAUUUCAUAACAAUCAACAUGUUGAAUAGUAACUAAAUACCAAUAAAUAAACUAAUGUACAAAAAAUUAAGUUGUUUUGUGUAAUAAGUACCCUAUAGUUGGCUUAAACAGUUAAAACCAACAGCUAUAUCCCACACUACUGAUGUUUAUAAAUUUUAAGGUGGCCUUUUUCAUUAUACCCAUAAACAGAAUUAUACAUAUAUUGGUCAAUAUCAUGAAGAAAAAACUAAUCCAUGUCAAGUCAGGCAUGGUGAUGGUGAUACUUGCCUGUAAUCCUGGCACUUGGGAAGUGGAGUAAGGAAAUUUGUGAGUUUGAUGUUUGUUGAGGUAUGGGCUUUUGCUAUGUAUUGUAAUGCUAAGUGUGAGCCCCAAGACCUGCUUGACCCAGAGACAAGAGGGUCUACACAUAGAUCCAAGUGAUGCUAUGUGAUCUUGCCCCCAAGUUACUUGUGAUUGGGUGAAUAAAGAUGCUAACAGCCAAUAGCUGGGCAGAAGAGACAUAGGUGGAGGUUAAGGGUACCCUGGCUUGAGGCAGGAGGAGACCAUGAGGAAAGGGGAGAAACCUGGAAAAGAAGAAAGAUGCCAUGAGUUAGAAGUCAAGAAAGCAUGGCCAUGAAUGUUGGCCAAUAGGAGUUAAGAGCAGCCCAGAUGAAACAUAGUAAGUAAUAACUUGGAGUUAUCAAUAUGAUAUAGAUGUUAGUAGCAUAGAAGGUAGAUAUCUGCCCAACUCUAGAGUUGAUUAAGGCUUAUUGUAAAUAUAAAGUUCAUAUGUGUCUUUUAUCCAGGAACUAAAUGGUCAAAGGCGGGGUAGAAACUCUGGAUUGGGAUUAAAAUUUCCUACA